AGAGAGAGAGAGAGAGAGAGAGCAGCUUGAGUUUACAAACUUUCCAUCGGGACAGAAACUCCGUCAGUAAGUGGAGCUCUAGAAACUCUCAGUGCGGACAACAUGCAUACACUUAUAUAGCUUUAUGACAACUUUUUAAGGACUUUGCAAAACUUUUCAAGCAGGCUGUGACUACUUUUACCAACGAAAGGAGGAAAAAAAAAAAAAAAACAGGCCUAACCACAGAAGUUCCUUCAUCUUCCAGGAUUUUUCCCCCCAGGAACCGAGUAUUUUAAUACGAUUUUCGGGGUUUGCUUGUUUUUAUAUCUUACAAAAUGAGCAGUAACCCUCUCAAGCCGUUACCGGGCCAGCAGGUGAUCCAUGUCGCCAAAGACCCUGACACGGAUCUGGAGGCUCUGUUUAACUCCGUCAUGAACCCGAAGCCCAGCUCCUGGAGGAACAAGCAUCUGCCCGAGUCGUUUUUCAAGGAGCCGGACUCGGGCUCUCACUCUCGGCAGUCCAGCACGGACUCCGGCAGCCUCCCUCCGAGCUGCCCGGCGGUGCACAUCCGCUCGAUCUCGUCCCCGGCGUUGCUGCAGCUGCCCGCGGGCGCACUGGGCGCCCCGAGCCCCGGGAGACACCACUCUCACACCCGCCACCAGUCCUUCGAUGUGGCCGAGGAGCUCCCGCUGCCGCCGGGAUGGGAGAUGGCAUACACCGCCAACGGACAGAAGUACUUCCUCAAUCACAUUGAGAAGAUCACCACAUGGCAUGACCCCAGGAAGACCAUGACACCCUCAGUGACCCAGAUAGGUCUGCACAAUCAAGCCUCCAACAACAGCAACAUACAGCAGCGCACCAUGGCCCUCUCUCAACCCAACCUCGGACAGUUGCCCGAGGGUUGGGAGGAGGCCGUCACCCCUCAGGGAGAAACAUACUUCAUUGACCACAAAACCCAAAGCACCUCAUGGCUGGACCCACGGGUGGUGCUGAACCAGCAGGCUCAUCAGCAGCACCUCCAGCAGCAGCAGCAGCAACAGCAGGUCCCGGUCCAGCAGCAGGUCCAGGUCCCGGUCCAGGGUCCCCAGCAGCAGAGCUCUCAGCCCAUGAUGAACAUGAGCGGCCCCAUGAGCACACAGCAGCACCAGCAGAAGAUGAGACUCCAGCGCAUCCAGAUGGAGCGAGAACGCAUCCAGAGGAGACAGGAGGAGCUCCUCAGACAGGAGGUGGCGCUCCGGCAGCUGCCCAUGGACUCUGAUAAUAUGGCACCAGUGGCAGCAAACAUCAGCUCUCCACCAAUGACGCAGGGCAACAUGCCCAACAACAGCUCAGACCCCUUCCUCAACAGCGGGCCGUAUCACUCGCGAGAGCAAAGCACAGACAGCGGGCUGGGACUGGGCUGCUACAGCAUCCCCACCACUCCAGAGGACUUCCUUAAUAGCAUGGAGGAGAUGGACACAGGUGAGAGCAUGGUGCCUGUGAGUAUGAACGUCCCACCGCAGAGCCGUUUCCCAGACUUCCUGGACUCCAUGCCUGGCACCAACGUGGACCUGGGCACCCUGGAGGGAGCUGACCUCAUGCCCAUCCUCAACGACGUGGAGUCCGUUCUGAACAAAAGCGAGCCCUUCUUGACCUGGCUCUAGACUCACUCACACCACACUAAAGACUCUUUUAUAUAAAUAUAUAUAUUAUAUUAUAUAUUCUAUCAACCUCUUCCUCUAGUUUCACUUUUUAGUUGUCAGAUUUGUUCCCUCACAUUACAAUGGGUCGAAGAACAAAACCAAAGUGUUUAGCCUGUGAACAAAUUAUAGAGCAUGCGUCAAUCAAAGACGAGCAUGUUUGUUCAGUAACUGAUGUUGGGUAGAUUUGAUUCUGACUGUGUUUGUGUUCAGAAUGACCAGUUUGACAGCAGAAACACCUGAAUAGUGUUUGAUCAUGUUUAACAGGCGCGCCUGUGUGUUAGUACAUUUAACCCAGAGUUAGGGUUAGUCAAGCUUUACUGGGUGAAUCUCACCAAACCUGUCAACAACACAUGGAAGCUGAUUCCCGCCAUGGAAAAAUAAUUAUUAAAAGGUAAUUGCGUUUUAUUUUUUUCCAGAUCUCGCAAUUCUGCAUGUGGUCAGGUGUCAAAAAAUGUAGAAAAAAGUUAUUGUGAGAUGUAACUGAGAAUUCAGACAAAAAAGUCUGGGCUCUGGGUCAAUACUGACUUUUUUCUUAGAAUUGCGAGUGUACUUCUAGUAAUUUUUUCUCAGCAUUGUGGAUUUAUAACAAUUUCAAAAUAUAAACUUGCAGUUGCGGGAAAAAAAAGACAAUUGCCUUUUUUAUUUAUUUUUUCAUUUUAAAAUCAAAUAAUUCUUGGCAGAAAUAAGCUAUCAUAAAACAUUUUUGGUUCAAGAAUAAGAAAUAAGUAAAUUCUUCUAGAAAAUAAAGCCACUUUUUAGGACCAUUAGGAUUUUUUGAAUAAUAAUUAAGCAUGUUUGCCCUAAAAACACUAAUGACAAUCAACACUGAGAAUCUGGAUCAAUUCCUUUUUUAUUACAGUAAUGUAAAACUAGUUUUGUUGGUAUAAAUUACUAUUUUGGUUGAUUUAGUGAUGAUAUUAGUUUUCAAGUGUGUUUAAUUGUCAGAAAAUCGUAAUGGUCCAUAUGUUUUCAUGAGAUUCACCCUGCUUUUUCACAUUUUAGCAAAUCAGCAGCAGAAGUGUGCCUGUCAAAGAUUUACAUUGUGACUUAAUAUCCAACGAAUAACUACUUCAGAUGUGUUUUAUUUUUAUCCCAGUUUAGCUAUUGUGUGAAGCUCAUGAUGCUCCAGAUGGCAUAUGUAGACAAGCGUUUCAUAUCAUAUAUGUUUUUAUAUACUGCUACAGUAUUCCUAUUUUCUAAUCUGUGCUCUUGACAUCUGGUGCAUUUAAUUAGUUUGCAGUUUAGUAUUUAUCAAGAGCUAUGAACUUCUUUUUAAAUAGUUUUUAGAUUUGUUUCCUUUUUUCAGGAAUUUUAUACAUUUUCGUAGCACUACAAAUAUGCCAAGGAUUCAGCAACACUGAUCUAGUCCCUCGAUAUCUUCAGGGAAUAUCUGCAUUAAGUAUUUUCUCUUACCAGAGAUGAUUUUGACUUUAUUUGGAUGAUAACUGGGGUAGACACUUGUUUUUUUGUUUUUUUUUAGCACCCCGGCUGAAAUCCAGUUCAAUAUAUAAACAUAUAUAUGUUUUCUUUCUUUUUUUUUUUCUACACAGGUCUAAUUUUUGUAUUGCAUGUUUGAUCUGUUUGAUAUUCAUAGCAUCGGGGGUGUAUAGACCCACCUCACCGUGACUUCUUUAUUGUUUAUGGUUACUUUAUAGAUGGGUUAUGAAUUGAAGUGUGCUGGAUUUGUGGAUUGUGCAGACAGUUGGGAGGGGGGGUGAUUUCUAGUAACUGUAGGCCAAACUGAGCUCAUGACGUCCUUUAUAAGGACCGAGCGGGUCAGAAAGAGACGAUAUGAGCUGUUCUCGAACCCGAGUGACUUCAGAGAUUUCCACACAGUGGAGCCAUCGGUUUCUUCAGUUUUGGAAAGUAAGGACAAGAUCCGGUGUUUCUGCAGACACUCAGCAAGAGGGACCUUUAAUGAUUUAAUGAUUUUCUAUUAUAUAAACCACUCAUCCAGAACCUAAAUCAUGCAACUCAAGGAGUUGAAUAUAUGGCUUCAGUUUCAUAAAAUGCAAAUUUUUCAUUGUGUUAUGGGGUGAGAUGAAAUCUGGUGAGUGUGAUUGUUGGUCGAUGCCAGACUUGCAUAUCUCUCCACACUUCAGCAUGCUUCAGGUUUUGUUAGGUUACUGAUGUGAAUGUUAGUCACACGCUGGAAAGCUCAGAAAACAAACUGCAUACCACAGAAAUAUGAUGGCGGUGUAUUGUACGUGAGAAAUGUGGUUGUAACCUCCAAGAAAUCUCUAAAAUUGUCAGUGAAAUCAAAAACUAAAAGAAUAAAAUGGUUUUAUUAGCA